AUGGCAAACCUAAGAAGACCUUAUUCAAAAGACAAAGACAGCAUGUUCAACGUUAAUGGUGGUCGUUGCAAGAGACACCCCAAACAUGUACAAUCACCUGGUGUGUGUUCUCUAUGUUUGAAAGACAAGCUUGAUCAACUAUCUUCAUCAUCUUCUAGUUCUUCUAAUUCUCAGAAAACAAACUCUGCUUCUUGUUCUUCAUCUUCUUCUUCUUUGUCUUCCUAUUACUCUUCCUCUUCAGGCUCUUCUUGUUCUUCUCCAAUGCAUGACGAUGGAUCUGGUUUCUCUACUAUCUUUCUGUUUCACAAACAUGGCGGUGGACUUGUGAAGAGUAAGUCAAUGGCUGUUCUUCCAAGAAGGAGAAACAAAGAUACUAGGGAUCAAUAUAGUAAGAAAAGUGGGUUUUGGUUUAACUUGUUUCAUCCUAAUUAUAAGAACAAGAGAAUGGUCACUGUAGCUAGUUAA